AUCGUUAAACUUGACACCGCACAAUCCCCUGCUCUCAACCACGGAAACUCCAAAACGCAGCACUCCACAGUUCCUUGCAACCGCACUCUCUUUCUCACUCCUGAGUAGAGGUUCAGGAGCGAGCGAUGGCCGCGUGCGAAGGCGACCUUGCUCGAUCUAUGGCUUGCAGAGAUGGCCAUGCAGCCGCUCAGCUGAAGCUGCUCUCCGUAUUCGUCAUAUUUUUCACUAGUGUGGCUGGAAUCUCGGUUCCCGUCCUCCUAGCGCGCUACUUCCAAGGCAAACCUCUCUACGACAAGGCUAUCCUCCUAAUUAAGUGCUUUGCCGCCGGAGUCAUACUCUCCACCUCCCUAGUCCACGUCCUCCCGGACGCGUUCGCUUCACUCGCCGACUGCCAAAUUGCCUCCCGUCAUCCCUGGCGGGACUUCCCCUUCGCCGGCCUCGUUACACUCUUCGGCGCGGUGAUGGCGCUCUUCGUGGACAUCGCGGCCAGUGCGCACGCGGAGCACGGCCACGGCCACGGUCCGGCGAGAGAGGAGCAGUACCUGCGUGUAGGGACACAGGAGGAAUUAUCGGGAAAGAAAGUGAUGGACGUGGAAAAAGUGGAAAACGGAGAGGAGUUAUUGAAAAUAAAGCAGAAGUUAAUCUCCAAGGUUCUAGAGAUAGGAAUUAUUUUUCACUCCGUGAUAAUCGGCGUGACUAUGGGCAUGUCGCAGAACCGGUGCACCAUUCGGCCGCUGGUGGCCGCCCUCUCCUUCCACCAGAUCUUCGAGGGUAUGGGCCUCGGUGGCUGCAUUGCUCAGGCUGGGUUUAGUAUUGGAACAGUGGCAUACAUGUGCUUCAUGUUUGCUGUGACGACUCCAAUGGGGAUUGUUUUAGGCAUGAUAGUUUUCGCGGCGACUGGUUACGACGACAGUAGCCCAAAUGCUUUGAUCAUGGAAGGCUUAUUAGGCUCAUUAUCAUCAGGUAUACUAAUAUACAUGGCUCUUGUAGAUCUCAUAGCCAUGGAUUUUUUCCAUAACAAGAUGAUGACGGGUUCUCAUAUUUGGUUGAAGAAAGCAUGUUUCAUUGCUCUCCUUCUGGGGUCUGCCUCAAUGUCUAUCCUUGCCAUUUGGGCUUGAAUUUGUGUCUUCUUAUAAUAAAUCAUUGAAAUUACUCCGUUCAGAUUGUAUGCUACUGUCAUAUAUGUAUGAAAUAUGUAAAUUAAAAUCAUGAAAAUUAAUUUAUGUUCUAUCACAAGGAUGUGUAUGUGAUCUAAUGGGUAUGUACGCACACGCAGAACAUCCUCUUCUUUUUCUUUAUCUAAAUUUCCGACAAUUUUGAUGGUAAA